GGUGCGGCAGGGAGAGAGAGAGGAGAAAAGGGGGGGGGGGGGGGGGCUGGUGCUGCAGAUCCCCUCCCCCCCCACUACUGCACCCGCAGCAGGGGGGAGGUAGGAGAAGGGGCGGUGCAGGAGCUGCUCGGGCGACAGCAGGGCACGCGGGCAGGAGGAACCCCCUCUUGCCACCCCCUCACCCACCAUGUUGCAACAGGGCACCGGGGCCGCAAUUAG